AUGAAGCUCAUGAAGGGCCAAGAAGAAAAGCUCUUUAAUCUCAUUCAUAAGACAACUAUGUUGAUUGUCUUUGUGAUGACAAAGGUUUUGAAGCAGAACCAAAUCUCUGAACCUUUCUCUCUCUCUCUUUGUCUUUCUGUCUGUCCAUUAGGCACCACUGUGUUGAUUCUAAACGGCCCAGUUCUAGCAGAGGACAAAGACAUUGGGGAGAAUGCGGUGGUGAGGUAUCGCCUCCUGGGAACUAGAGUGGACCUCUUCUCCAUAGACUCCCGCACAGGGGUGGUAUCAGUGCGUGGGGGUGCUGUGCUGGACCGGGAGGCCUUCUCUGUGCCGUGGGUGGAGCUGUUUCUGCUUGGGGAGGAUGUGGGAGGUUUAAACAGCACCGUUCCACUCACAAUCACCAUCCUCGACAUAAAUGACAACCCACCUGUCUUCAAUCCAUCCAGUUUCACUGUACACCUGCCAGAAAACAGCCCCACAGGUGUGGUAGUCACGCAGUUGUCGGCGAGUGAUGCUGAUGGCGGCUCUAACGGUUGGCUACAGUAUCGGUUAGACAGCGGCGCUCAGGACCGUUUCAUUGUUGACGCUCUCUCUGGUGCCGUCGUGGUCGGCAAUGCUACACUUGACCGAGAGGAGCGUAGCUCGUACCGUCUAGUUGUCAUAGCAACUGACCGAGGCACACCCUCUCUCUCAGGAACGGCGACGUUAACUGUUGUUCUGGAUGAUGUCAAUGACUCCCGUCCUCGUUUCAUACGGCCUGUGCAGACUAUCAGCGUUAACGAGUCAACACCGCCAGGAGAGGUCGUAGCUACACUCACUGCCGAGGACCCUGAUCUACGACCCCGUCUGGAGUAUUACAUAAUUUCUGUGGAAGCAAAGGAUGAUGGGAAUAAUCCGGUGGAUGGGCUGCAGCAGUCGUUUGGAAUUGACUUUCACACAGGUGCUGUGUUUGUACGAAACCCCUUGAACCGAGAGUUGGUUAACACUUUUGAGAUCAUCGUUUCAGUGCAUGACAAUGCCAGUGAUGUUAUUGACAUGUCUGUCAGUGUACCCAACGCCAAAUUAACCAUCAACGUGCUGGAUGUGAAUGACAACGCUCCUCGUUUUCGCCCUUUCGGGGUAGCGAACUUCACCGAGAGGAUUCUGGAGGGCGCUGUGUCUGGUACCACACUGCUGUCGGUGACGGCUGUGGAUCCUGAUAAAGGGCCAAAUGGACAGAUCAUCUACCAGCUCCUACACCUGCCCCGUGGAGACUACAUAAGACUUGAAGACCCUUCUACAGGUAAAAUUAUGGCCAAUCGGACUGUGGAUUAUGAACAAGUGCAGUGGUUGAAUUUCACAGUGCGUGCUCAGGAUCACGGCAUGCCUCCUCGCUUUGCUGAACUUCCUGUGUAUUUGCGUAUUGUUGAUGUCAACGACAACAACCCAGUUUUUCAGCAACCUUUAUAUCAGAAGUCCAUUUUUGAGGAUGUUGCACUCAGCACCAUUAUUGUAAGUGUGAGUGCGACAGAUGCAGACUCCGGUCUGUUCUCUGUCAUUGAAUAUGGACUAGUGGAUGGAGAGGGCAAGUUCGGCAUCACACCCACUACGGGUGACAUCUACAUCCUGUCUGCACUGGACAGAGAGACCAAGGACCGUUACACUCUCACAGCCUAUGCCAGGGACAACCCCGGAGGCAGCCCCAACAACCGCAGAGAAAACUCCGUCCAGGUGCAGUUGACAGUGAUGGAUGUAAAUGAUUUCCGCCCACGUUUCUCAGAGAGAGUCUACACCUCUAGUAUGUUUGAGAACGAGCCGGUUGGUACAUCAGUGAUCACAAUGAAGGCCCUUGACCUCGAUGAGGGGGAGAAUGCAUUACUUACCUACACUCUACAGGGUCCCGGAGCGGAUGCGUUUUCUCUGGAUCCUGACACCGGGCUGAUUCGCUCCCUGCGGUUACUGCAGAGUUUUGAGAGGUUUAAUCUGACCGUGGUGGCGACCGAUCAUGGCAGAACGCCACUCUGGGGAACCGCCAGUCUUCAGAUCACUGUCAUAGAUGUCAAUGAUAACAGGCCGGUCUUUGUGCGGCCUGCCAAUGGCACUAUCAUGCACAUACUUGAGGAACAGCCUCCUGGGCUGGUGGUGUAUGAAGUGUUCGCCACAGACGAGGAUGAGGGGGUGAACGGAGAAGUCCGGUACAGCUUCCUGCAGACUGGAGCAGGAAAUAGAGACUGGGAGAACUUCCAUAUUGAUGCAGUGACCGGAGUGAUCACCACUGCGGUUAAACUGGACAGAGAGAAACAAGCCCUGUACAGUCUGGUUGUGGUGGCGUAUGACCUCGGGCAGCCCGUCCCGUAUGAGACCAUGCAGCCGCUGCAGGUGGCUCUGUCUGACAUCGACGACAAUGAACCUGUUUUUCUUAAACCUCCGAGAGGAAGUUUGCCAUAUCAGCCUCUGUCGGUGCCUGAGCACUCGUCUCCUGGGACUGUUGUGGGCAAUGUGACUGGUGCAGUGGACGCGGACGAGGGCUCUAACGCUAUCGUCUACUAUUUCAUUGCAGGAGGCGAUACCGAGGGAAACUUUGGUAUGAGUGCGGCCGGGGUGUUACAGGUCAAAAAAGAUCUGGAUCGGGAAGAAAUCCCAGUGUAUUCCAUCAUUGUUAAAGCUUCCAGUAACCGAAACUGGUCUCCUCGGAGAGGUCAAAGGUCACAGCGGGCCCAAGUGCUUGAUCCAAGCCGUGACCCUACAUUACAGGAAGUAAGAAUCUUCCUUGAGGACAUCAACGACCAGUCUCCGAGAUUCACAAAGAUGGAGUACACUGCAGGUGUGGCUGCGGAUGCUAAAGUGGGCUCUGAUCUGAUCCGGGUUCAAGCGAUUGAUAAUGACAUUGGCAACAACAGUCUUGUUCUGUAUCACAUUCUGUCCAUCCGCUACAUCAAACUGCAUUACAAUGACUCUGAAGACAUGGGCAACGUCUUCAUCAUCGGUGAGACUGAUGGAAUCAUCCGAACGUUUGACCUGUUUAUGGCAUAUGAUCUGGGUUAUUUUGUGGUGGAGGUUCUGGCGAGAGAUCUGGCAGGACACAGUGACGUGAGUCUAGUGGGCAUUUACAUUCUGAGAGACGACCAGCGGGUGAAAAUCGUCAUUAAUGAGAUACCGGAGCGUGUCCGGCUGUUUCAGGAGGAGUUUAUAAACCUGCUCUCAAACAUCACAGGAGCCAUAGUUAACACUGAUGAUGUACAGUUUCAUGUGGAUAAAAAGGGAAGAGUGAACUUUGCUCAAACCGAUGUCCUGAUUCAUGUAGUCAACAAGCAGACCAACCGUAUUCUAGAUGUGGAGAGGGUGAUUCAGAUGAUCGAUGAGAACAAGGAGCAGUUGAGGAAUCUGUUUAGAAACUACAACGUUCUGGAUGUUCAGCCUGCUGUGACCGCUCGUGCACCUGAUGACCUCAGCACCUUACAGAUGGCCAUUAUCAUCUUAGCAGUUUUACUCUUCCUUGCUGCCAUGUUGUUUAUCCUGAUGAACUGGUAUUACCGCUCAGUGCACAAAAGGAAGCUGAAGGCAAUUGUUGCUGGCUCCACAGGAAAUCAAGGCUUGAUGGAUAUCCUGGAUAUGCCCAACACAAACAAGUACACAUUUGAAGGAGCAAAUCCAGUGUGGCUAGAUCCUUUCUGCAGGAAUCUGGAGUUAGCAGCACAGGCAGAGCAUGAGGACGACCUUCCUGAAGACUUAAGUGACAUUGCUGACCUCUGGAACAGCCCGGCUCGCACACACGGUACAUUUGGACAUGAGCCUCAGGCCUCUAAACCGGAAGAUGACCGAUAUCUACGAGCUGCAAUUCAGGAGUAUGACAACAUCGCCAAACUUGGACAAAUCAUGAGAGAGGGGCCAAUCAAGGGCUCGCUGCUCAAUGUGGUUCUGGAUGACUACCUGAGACUCAAAAAGCUGUUUGCUGCCCGCAUGGUCACCAAGUCAACCAGCCACGGUGACCAGUCAUCAGUCACAGAGCUGAUCCAAAGUGACCUGGAAGAAGAUGAUGAUGAGCGCGUUGGUGUUGGAGGACGAGGAACCCUUCGCUUUAAGCACAAACUACCGAUCGAGCUCAGGGGUCCUGACGGGGUGCAUGCAGUUCACGGCAGCACAGGCACUCUGUUGACCUCUGACCUCAACAGCCUGCCUGAAGAUGACCAGCGUGCUCUGGCACGCUCCCUUGAAGCAUUGCACGCAGAUGGCGGACUGUAUGCCGAACGCAACGCCCGAACAGAGUCUGCAAAAUCCACACCUUUGCACAGAAACAAGGGCAGCGACACUCUGUCUGAGAGUCCCUUAGAGAUCACAGAAUUAUGACUAGCCGAGGCCUCGCUGGUCUGAGAAAAAUACAACAUGCAUGGCACUCCUGGCUCUUUGUUUUCAACAGAAAAUCUCUUCUGCAAUGUGGAGAAGAGUUCAGGUUUGUAAGGGCUAGGUGUGAGGAAGGUGUGUAGAUGAGUGUGUGGGCCUGGAACGCCCAAAUCAAGGGUGGCUCAUCUUGUCAGGGCUAUUUCAAGAGUAUGAGACUGUUGCUACACACACUCAAUCUACACAAUGGGUAACGAAUGCACUCUCAGACCAGUGGAAGGCCAAAUACGGACACUAGUUUUUAUUUAUUUAGUUUAGCUUUUUCAUAUUUCGAUAAGACACCAGGGAAUAACAUGGUGAUGUAUGUGUAUAAUGAACUGUUGAACUGCUUAGGAGAGUGUAUCUCCAGGGGCUUUUCACACCGCAAUUAACCCUGGGUUAAGCAACAUUUUACACUUGGAAAUUGAAAAAGGUUUAACUCUGGGUUCUGAAGCUAAGACAGAGUUAGCAGCAGUAUUUUUGCAGUGCCAUGGUUAUAUAGUGUGAAACUGUGCAGUGCUAGUAAAUGUUGAUGUGUGUAGAUACUGACAACCAGUCAACUGACAAAUAUUCAUGCACUUCGUAUGGCUGCAGGAAGGAUGUUUUUUAGUAGAGGGGGAAGACGUGGCCUAGUAGUUAGAGAGUUUGACUCCUAACCCUGAGGUUGUGGGUUCUUGAGCAAGGCACCGGACCCCCAACUGCUCCUCGAGCGCCGCAGCAUAAACGGCUGCCCACUGCUCCGGGUGUGUGUUCACUUCUCUGUGUGUGCACUUCGGAUGGGUUAAAUGCCGCACAAAUUCUGAGUAUGGGUCACCAUACUUGGCUUUAUGUUACAUCACUUUUUUUUUUUUGAAUAAUCAUUGUUUAAAAGUAUUGAACAGUGAUGGUAAACAUGUUAUCUGGAGAGAUUAUGAAACAGUAUUAUUUUUGUAUGUAUAUUUUUUUCCUAUAGUGUUUAAAUUCACAAAGCAUGAUUCCAAAAAUACUGUUUUCAUGCAGGCGAUCCAAACAGUUGCAAUGUUUGCCAUUGAUCAAAAAAUGGCCCCGAACACACCAUUUAGUUGAAGCUGCCGUGUAUUCUCAAACUUCAGAUGACUGACUUCUAGCAGUCGCUACUGCUAUAAUAUUAUUGUGGUACCCAUAGUUCACACGUGUUUUCACAAACCAACCAACCAACCCUGGGUUAAAAGGUAAGUGUGAAAAGUCCAUCUGAUAUAAAGAAACGAUCAUAAGAAAAUAUAAUGUACUGCAAGCUGCUGUGUGCUGAUGUCUUUACAGUGAGAUUUAAGACAUUACUAAAAUGAACUCGAUCUAUAAAAAUUGUAAACUAUCUGAAAAAAUGUGGAAGACUGCAUUCAGGAAAAUGGACUGAAAGGCGUUCCAUGGACCAAUGGGGAAAGCCAGUUAGCAGACUAAACACUGUUUCCACUGGACUUACUGAGGUUUGUCUGGUCAACUAACAAAACGUUUCAUUUUUGCUUGAACUGAGGGAUUUAUGUGUGUCAUGUGUUUUAAUAAAAAAAAAAUGGCAGUGAUACUAAUGCUUGAAAGGUUCCUGAGAUACCAUAGCUCAAUUUUAACUUAAAAAAAUAAAAACCGAAAAAGAAAAGUCAACGUUAAAUUAUAAAAGUAAUUGACAGACCACUGCGACCUAAGAGGGAAAUAUCAUGUCUUUAUUUUUUUUUACUUUUUGAUAUAUAAAAAUAAAGAUUACAAAAGAUAUUUUUGUAAAAGAAAAACACUGAUUUACCAAACUGUGUUGAGUAUAAAUAGUUCUAUUUAUUAAGUGGAUUUAUUUUUCAACAUUAUAUACCGGAUUAUUUUAAUGGUGUGUUGUAAGGCAUUAUUAUUUUUAUAUUCCCCU